AUGUUGGACCCAUUGGUUACUUUGAGGCUGUCCGAAUUGACCGGAAGAAGUGACAUAAAUGACGAUUACACAGAUAUGUUGCUCAUUCUGAGGAAGCCGGACGAUUUUUUUAAGAGCCCUUCUUCCGACACAGAUGUUGUGAUUAAUGUCCAUACGGGAGUCCUGAGAGUAGCAUCGUCGUAUUUCAACAAGGCAAUAGACUCGCUCCUGGAAAAAAGGCUGAAAGAAAGCGGUGAUUUGAAUAUUGGAGCGCCAUUGAGACUGGUGCUGGACACGCAAUACCCCUCAGUGUUCCAAAGGAUAAUAUAUUACAUAUACAAAAACGAUUACCAGAACAUGAACGAGGAGACGAGGUUCUUGGUGCCGCUGUACACGGAGAGCGUGCGCUUCGACCUGUCAGAAAUGAAAAACGGAGUUCUGAAGAUGAUUCGAAGCCAGGCGUCACUCGAGGACCUGUCGAACCUGGCCGCAGCAGCAGAGUCGGGAGGGGAACUGGAGCUGGCGUCAGAAUGCGGCCGCAUACUCUCAGACUCAGCGUACGCAGUGCUCUCAAGCAACCUGCACCUGAACCUGGGACUGACGGCGAUGAAGGCAUUCCUCUCGAGCGAUAACCUGCAGCUGGACGAGGUGGAGACUUUCGCAACCCUCUGCUACUACAUGGACACAAACAAAAACCUGCACUCGCCAUACAGCACCAACCACCUGGGAAAACACGAGAAGGACCUGGUGAAAAACAUAAGGUUCUGCUCAAUGUCGCCCAAGGCGCUGUCGGAAUUUAGAUGCGACUCAGUAAACACGUUUCUGCUGGACGGAGCGCUGAGAAUACUAACAAAGACGCAACUGAAGCCCCGGGUGUUUCCGUGGAACGAAAACGACGAGUAUAAGACCAUAACGUACAACGGACUCUUUCCAGUCAUGCUGGUGAGGUCAGGCAAGUACCAACUCACGGACCUCGACCACAACUCGAGCAACUGUAAGCUGGUGACGCCGCAAGUGAACAAGAAGGUGCUGAGUUCAUACCUGGCCCACACACACGGAACUGAAAGAGAAGGAUGCGAGUUCUUCUGGGCGUUUCAAGUCUCAAAAACUCACAGCGGGAAGAUAGGACUGGGUCUAACAGUGACCUCAGAUCAGCCGCUGGACGAGUUGUCGAGAAGCGUGUUCUCUACCAUGUCAAAGUCGCGCAAAAUCGUGUUCUUUUACGACUUCGCCCAAAACAAGUUCAAGUCAGGCUACAUCGAUAACACCUCAUCAACGGAAAUAAGGAGCUUGUGGGCCUACGACUCUAACAUGAACAGAAGCGUGUACAAGCUCAAGACCAGCGACGUCGUGCACCUGAGGACGAGUGUAACGUUCAGCUGCGUCACCUUGCAGAUAUCAGUUGUUAACACCAGCUUUAACGAAAAAUUCACAAUACCGAUAAGUUCAAAGAGAACCCUCGGAAACCUUAUUAAAAGGGCCGCUAUAUUGACGUCACCGUUUGUAAUGACCUAUGACGUCGGAGACGCACUAGUUUUACCAGGGCUGUCCUCAAACUUUAAGUUUUAA